ACAUCCAAACUCAUCACACAAUCCCAUCCACCCCAACUCUUCAAACACAACGACCAGUUCCGAUUCAUCCAACAUGGUUUCAUUCACAACCCUCCUCGCUUUCUCAGCCGCCUCCGCCGGUGCGCUCGCAAAGCCAGUCGUUCAAGAACGCCAAAUCGCCAUCCCCGAGGGCUGGACAUGGCACGUGAGUGCGUGGGAAGCUGGAAUGACUCGCUCCGGCUCUUACUACCGCUUCAACGUGACGGUACCGAGGGUCGAAAGCGAGACCACCAACAUCGCUGGCGUUACGGCACGCUGCGAAGGCCGCGAGAACGGUUGGUACAGGAAGGGCAACUGGUACGAGAACUGCCGCAUCAUCUACGGUUCGAACAACGGAGUCGCCGCCAAGCUGAGCGAGAGAGAGUCUGAUGUCGACGGAUACCCAAGGGAGAUCCUGAUCAGCUUUGAAUAUGGCGCAUACGGAGACCGACCUGCAUACAACUUUACUGGCAAGGCCCCCAUGAUCUACAACGCCGCAGUUGCACCUCUCCAGGAGUUCGACGUUAAGCCUACUGAGGUCUUCGGUGUCGCAUAGACCUCACUAUACAAAUUCCAUGUAAAUAGUAAUCGUAAUCACUUCAUCGCAA